GAGUGAAGCUGUAAGCAGGAAGUAGGAAGAGUGAAUUUCUGACCCCGGGAGUCUGGGAGGAUUUUAGACCAUGGAGGAAAGUUCCAAGCCUCUGACUGGCCUUGCCUGGGCAUCGGGACAGUCGUUGUGUCCGAAAGGCUACACCAUGAUCGUAGCAACGUCAGAAGGCGCCUCUGCCAACUUUGUGAAGGGCUUUAACCAGAAAUCUGCCAUUUAUCUGUGUUACAGCUCGGCCCCGGAGAGUCUAGAACAAGUAGUGACCGACAUCCAGCUACUCAAUGAGAAGAACUCUCUUCCCGUGGGGUACGCUUACAUCGGCGAGUAUACAGAUACAAGGGUAUCGGCGUCUAAGAAGAAAAGGCUUUGCGUGAAGUUGUUACCGUUAAACAGCGCAGACUUUGUUGUGUGUGAAAUAAAAAUCACCAUGAAGAACAAUAAGAUCGGCGCCCCGUACACGCGUGUUGGUGAUAUUAGCGGGUUGGGGUUGUGGUGCAAGAAAGUCAGCGCGAGCGAAUUCAAACCAACUCCUAAACCACGAAACAUCACGUCCGGCAUCAGAGGGCUUUCUCUGGACAGCGGGUCAGUAAGUCCUGCACCAAACCCAACAGAAGAAACUCCAGCUCUGAAACCCACCGGAAGAUCCCCGCUCACAGAAAAUGCCAAAUACGAUUCUGCAAAUAUCUAUGGGAUUUCUGCUAUAGACGGCAUCCCUUUUACGAUCCAUCCGAUGUUUGAAAACAAGAUUGGAAACUCCCCUGCGGCGUCUUCAGGAUUUGCAGAUUUCCGCGUCAAAACGCUGUCUGAAAUUGAAGACGAGUAUAACUACGGAUUUGCGGUGGAAAGGAGCGCGGCGGCCCGGAUGCCCCCCGGCGUGUGUUAGCAGCCCCCCCGUCUCCCGGCCGAGGACGGACUCCUGGCGGAACCCGCAACACGACACAAAGAAGAAGCCCGUCUCUUUUUAAAGAUAUUUUUUUAAAAUUUACGGUUUAAUCACGAGUGAGAAGUAGAACGGAUCUUAUUGAUGUCUCAGGGAAGCCGGUCUUCCUACGGCGCUCUUCUAGGGAAAAUUCUUCUUUCCUCCGUAUGUACGGAUCAAAGGGUUAACUUCCGCUUUAUUAUUAUUAUUAUUAUUAUUCACGGGCGCAGAUCAUGAAUAUUCCAGUAGCUUCUAGAUUCUGUAGGUUUAUCACGUAAUUAAAAUAAAUGAUAUUUUCUGGAAAUAAGGAAAAACAAUAGGAAAUCCCCCAGAACUCUCUGCUUUAACGUUAGUAUCUAAACGUAUCCGUGUUGAGCCAGACCAAAAUAGCGGGAGCUCUUUACCGUAAGGCGGACUGCCUGCUGUGUGAUCGGAGCUAAUAAUCCGUCCCGAAACGUAUCCCUGUAAAGACGUCACAAAUAGGAUAUUGUGGCAGGAUGACCAGAUUUGAAGAAAAAAAUGGGUUUGAAAUAGCAAUACUGUACUGGUACUCUUUGCCCUAUAAGUU